UUUACUGAAACUGCUGUAUACAUCCUUAAAUUCAUAAUGAGAAUCAGUCUUUUCUCACUGGGAAAAAAAUUAACUCAUCAUAGUAGAAACCUCUAAAUGUCAAUGGCUGUAUCCAUCACAAUAGGGGACUUAAAAUAUACAAAUUAAAAAUGCUUGUGCUUUUCCUUUUUAAUGGCAGUAUGUCUCCACCAGCUCUAAUUUUAAUAAAUAGACUUCCAUUUAGAUGGAAAUAUUUUUGGGAAUAAAUAGUUUUAGCUUUAACGUAAAAUUACAAUAAAAAUCUUUUUCUUUCUGACUAAUAUUCUAGCUCAAACUUGUACUGCAAAGUCUGGACUGCAUUUUCAGUUUUCUACUUAGUUUAACAAACAGACAUUACAUGCAGCUGAAACAUAUAUAAAUUCACAACGAGCCUGGAUACUGGUCUCCUGUAUGUAACGCGGAGUUUCUUGCUGCCAAUCAAGUCUUGGACUGCAGCUGUUCUCAAUCUAGUCUGAUUACAGCAGAAGGCUUUCUUCGCAGUUCCACCGAGGACACCGAACAGUAUUGUUUUCUCACAUUCUGCUGUUGUUUGCUUGUGAAAUGCCGUUUGUGGAAGAGCCCGCCCAUCUCUCUAAAUCUCGUCUAAAGUCGGAUUUAGUCGCUCAUAACGUCGCGCUGCCACCUGCAGCGAGCAAAAAGGCAGUGUAUGUGGAGCUGCACCUCAAACACAUUGAUCAGAAAAACGCGGCGGAUUUCUCCAGCGACGAGGAGGACCGUGCAGGAGAUGACAAGAAAGAUCCAGAGGAUGCAGAGAUGCCUGUUCCAAGUUGUCUGACUGAUGAGGACCUCAAGGCCACAUUACGCAAACAUGGUGUUAAACCUGGGCCUAUAACUGCCUCCACUAGGGUCUUGUAUGAAAGGAAACUCCAUAAACUGCUACAGUCUGACAGAUGUGAAAGGUUGAAUAAAGCAGACAAAGUCAUACUGUACUCUGACUCUGAAGAGGAGGAAAAGCAGCAGGAGAAGGAUGAAGACUUGGGUUCAGAAAAACAACCUGACCCUUCAGACCAAACCCAACAAGAGAGCAGCCAGAAUCACAUUUUUUACCCACAGUGCUUUUUACCCUCAUCAAGGCUGCGCCCUUGUCCUCCUAGGAACACAAAAUCUAGUUCCAACUGGAAUUCACGGAAUGCAUUAAAGUCUUCAGAGCGGAGUCAAUCUCGGUGCUCACAGAUUAUUAGCACAUCCGCUGCAGAUCACCACACAGGAUUAGGAUCAACGCCUCCCCAGGAACCUGUGAAAGAUGCUUUCAAGGACAUCCUUCCAGACAGUAAGACCACUCCGACAGGGAUCUACGUCACUCGCCGGAGACCCAUCAAGGGUGCCGCACAGAGACCUGUCCAGUAUUCCUACCCUGACAGUCCUGUGAGUCCCAUGACCCAGCAGAGACGGGAGGUGGAGCGCUAUCUUGUACCCAUUCACAUACAGAUUUUAGUUUUCAUAAUUGUAGCAUGUGUCCUGUACCUUAUUUAUGUUGGUGUUGAGGACAGUCUAAGCUAUUGGUCAUACGGUAAGGACAGGCUUCUGGUUCAGGCAGAGUCACAGGACGCAGAUGUUGACUAUGCACAAGAUUAACAUUCCUUUAAUUUAGUGUUACUUUCACACCGACAGAUUUUUGUUCCCCCUUUUAAUUAUGUUUGCGGAAGCGAACUGCAAAAUCCAGUUUUAUACUUGUGUUUUUUUUUUUUGUUUUUUUUUUCCUUGUUAUUGUUUUGUUUGUAUGUUUGUUUUUCUAUAAUAUUGUCACUGUUCUUGUUACUAUAGAAGUGAUGCCGAAACAGACUAAUUUUACAAAUUGUCUAUUUUCUUAACCCUAAUUGUAAUAUUGCCUUUUCACAGAACUUGUCACGGUACUUGC